AUGGUCCAAGAGGGCUUCACUGACUUCUCAGGCAUCUCAGACUCCUUCACUUGGUGGACUUGGGCUUUUCACACUGGGGGCCAGUUCUGUGACUAUUGCAAUUCUGAGGAUCCCCGGAAAGCCCAUCCAGUUACCAAUGCAAUUGAUGGAUCCGAACGUUGGUGGCAAAGCCCUCCUCUCUCCUCAGGCACACAGUACAACAAAGUCAAUGUCACCUUGGAUCUAGGACAGGGCCAGUUCUGUGACUAUUGCAAUUCUGAGGAUCCCCGGAAAGCCCAUCCAGUUACCAAUGCAAUUGAUGGAUCCGAACGUUGGUGGCAAAGCCCUCCUCUCUCCUCAGGCACACAGUACAACAAAGUCAAUGUCACCUUGGAUCUAGGACAGCUUUUCCAUGUGGCCUAUGUUUUAAUCAAAUUUGCAAAUUCUCCUCGCCCUGAUCUUUGGGUCUUAGAAAGAUCUGUAGACUUUGGAAGCACCUACUCACCUUGGCAAUAUUUUGCUCACUCUAAAAUAGACUGUUUGGAACAAUUUGGGCAGGAGGCAAAUACGGCUCUCACCCGAGAUGAUGAUGUACUUUGUACUACUGAAUAUUCCCGGAUUGUACCUUUGGAAAAUGGUGAGGUUGUGGUGUCUUUGAUAAAUGGUCGUCCAGGUGCAAAAAAUUUUACCUUCUCCCACACCUUGAGGGAGUUCACCAAGGCAACGAACAUCCGCUUGCGUUUCCUGCGAACAAACACCCUUCUUGGUCACCUCAUUUCCAAGGCGCAGAAAGAUCCGACUGUCACCCGGCGGUAUUAUUAUAGCAUAAAGGACAUCAGCAUUGGCGGGCGGUGUGUUUGCAAUGGCCAUGCUGAAGUAUGCAGUGCAAACAAUCCUGAAAAACUAGGUGUGCACAUGCCCAGGUUUCGGUGUGAAUGCCAGCACCACACCUGUGGGGAGACGUGUGAUCACUGUUGUGCUGGGUAUCAUCAGAGGCUCUGGCGGCCUGCCACGUGGGAGCAGAGCAAUGAGUGUGAAGCAUGCAACUGUCAUGGCCAUGCCAUCGACUGUUACUAUGAUCCAGAGGUUGAGAGGCAGCAGGCAAGCUUGAAUAUUCAAGGCAUCUAUGCAGGUGGAGGGGUCUGCAUUAACUGUCAGCAUAACACAGCUGGUGUAAACUGUGAAACGUGUGCAAAGGGUUAUUACCGUCCCUAUGGUGUUCCACCUGACGCCCCCCAUGGCUGCAUCCCUUGCAGCUGUAACCCCGAGCACGCGGAUGACUGUGAGCAGGGCUCAGGCCGCUGCACCUGCAAGCCCAGUUUCCAGGGGCACAACUGUGAGAAGUGUGCGCCUGGACACUAUAACUUCCCAUUUUGCUUGAGAAUUCCUGUUUUCCCUAUUCCUACUCCAAGUCCAGAAGAUCCAGUAGCUGGAGAUAUAAGAGGGUGUGACUGUAACCUGGAAGGAGUUCUUCCCAAAAUAUGUGAUACCCGUGGAAGGUGCCUGUGCCGCCCUGGGGUUGAGGGCCCCCGGUGUGAUGCCUGCCGCGUGGGUUUCUACUCCUUCCCGAUCUGCAAAGAUGCUGCUCAAAGCAAAGAGAUCAUCUUCCUGCCGAAUAAGCAGCCAGCUUUUGUCACUGUUCCUGGAAGUGGUUUUGCAGACCCAUUUUCAAUUGCACCAGGGACAUGGAUUGCUUGUAUUAAGGCGGAGGGAGUCCUCUUGGCAGGCAAUAGGCUCACCAAACAGAUAGGCCUGGACAAAGAACUCUUCAUCGAGGAAAAGGCUCUGUCCUCCAGUGCUGGUGGAAUAGCCAGAGAAACUAAGUUGAAGGGAUGA